AUGCAGGAGCACAAGUCGUUUCUCAUAAGGGAUCUUCUGGGGGAUGUUUUGUCCGAGCGGGUGCACGAAGAUUCCGAGGACGAUUCGGCCGUUCAUUCGGACUCUGAGGACACGAUCGACCCUGGAAGUAGCCCGUGCACCAGAUUGGAAAGUCCUCCGCCAGCGCUCUCGCCAUCCCCGGCGGCAGCGACGUCCGGCAAGUCCUGCGGAACGAGCAGCGGCCCUCCAAGCGGCAGGAAGCCGAGAAGAAGGCGGACUGCGUUCACCCAUGCUCAGCUCGCUUACCUGGAGCGAAAGUUUCGCUGUCAGAAAUAUCUGAGCGUGGCAGAUCGAAGCGACGUGGCCGACGCCUUGUCGCUCUCCGAGACCCAAGUCAAAACGUGGUACCAGAACAGAAGGACGAAAUGGAAGCGGCAGAACCAACUGCGGCUGGAGCAGCUUCGGCAUCAAGCGACGGUGGAGAAGGAGUUGCUCGUACGAGGCGUGGGCCUUCACCACGGCAGCAUAGACGCCUACUGUCCACCGUACAACGCUCAGACCCAGACCCAAAGCCACCCGCCUCCGCCGCCCCCGCCCCCGGCGCCCUCCACCGCCUCGACGGCCGCGUUCCUCUCGACGGCCGCGGCCCUCUUCCGGAACGUCACCUACGUCCACGGAUGCCCCCUCUAA